AUGAAAAUUUAUAACUGGGCUAGUUGUGGAUUUAUAUUUUUGCAAUUUUUUCUGAGCGCAAAUGGAAAGGAAUGGUGCAAAGCGAAAUUUGAAUAUGGAAUGUCUGAUUAUGCAGAGUGUCAAAAAGAAGGAGAUAAUUUAACUAAAUAUAUGAUUGAAAUAGUUCCUGCUAAAGCAAAUAAUAUCGAUUUAUAUAGUGAUGUUUCAAUAGUCUUAUCAAACUCUCAAGGUAUUAAUACUAAAGAAAUAAUGAUUGGGAGUGAAAAAGAAGGGCUAUUUAGAAAAAUACAUUCAGUUCGAAAAGAUAUAGAUAAUCCAGAAUAUAUUCAUGUAAAAUUAAAUUCAAAAAUAAAUAAUAAUAGAAAUUGGAAAUGUAAAAAAAUAAAAGUUUGGAAAGAAUAUAAGUAUUGGACUUUUGAUUGUAUAGGUAUAUUAAAUGAAGAAAAACAAGAAGCAACAUAUUUCUUGUCUGGUAAUAAAUUAUAUACUGCUUAUGUUCAAACAGGAAAAGAUAUAGAAGCAGGUACUACUGGAAUUAUAGAUAUAAUAUUAUUGGGUAAUAACAACAAAAGAAGUAAUACAAAAAUGCUACAUGAAGGAUUUACAUCUGCUGGAUUAAAAAAAAUAAAAUUUCAAGCAUCCGAUGUAGGAAAUCUAGAAAAUAUCAUAUUAAUAAACAAUUCUUAUAAUGAUCCAUGGUAUUGUGAUUUUGUUAAAAUAAAAAGUGAUGACAACAAAGUUUAUAUUUUCAAUGUAAAAAGUUGGAUUGGUUAUCCAUAUAAUAAUAAAAUAAAAAUAAAUAUAAAUACAAAUAAUAUUGAUGGAAAUGCAAAAGACAUAGAUUGUCAUAUACGUGCUAAUGAUUUAAUAGAUACAACUAAAUCAUUAAAUAAUAAUUUUGUUUUACAAAAUAAGGUACAUAUAUUUAAAGUUCGAUGCCCACAAAAUUGUCAUAGUUCAGAUUUUUCUAUCAUAGAAGGUACUUCUAUACAUCCUGCAUCUACCUCUAUAUGUGCUGCAGCUAUUUAUGAUGGCUCAUUAACAGAAAGUGGAGGAGAAAUUAUUGUUACAAUAACAAAAGGAUUAAAUUAUUAUUAUGCAAUGGAUAAUACAUAUAAUAAUUUAAAGGCAAUUGAUUUUUCUACCAAAGGUGAUGAGAGUGAUGAAAAUAAUUUUUCUUUUUAUACAUAUCAUUUAACAUCUAUUGAUGAUAUAAAAAGUAAUGUUAGAAUCGUUGAUUCUUUUGGAAAAUUAUCUUCUUUAGGAAGAUUAGAAAUUCGUGUAAAUAAUAAAUGGGGAGCUGUUUGUAAAAAAGGUCCAAAUUUUGAAUUUUCCGACGAUGCAGCAAAAAGAGCUUGUAAAGAUUUAGGAUUUCUCAAUGGUAUAUAUAUUAAAGAAAAUUGUUCAAAUAUAAAUGAACAAAAUUAUUGUGCUGGAUAUAAAUAUCCUUUUAAUGCUUCUGGUAUUUUAUGUUCUGGAAACGAACAAAAUUUAUUAUCCUGUAAUACUGACGAUCCUUCAUAUUGUAUAGAUCAUCAUGAUGAUGUUAUAAUACAGUGUGUUAAUCAGUUAGGUAAUGAUUUGAUAGAAAACGGAACUAUUCGACUUUUAGACAGCACUGGUGCACCUACAUCUAAUGGGAUAGGAAGAUUACAAAUAUAUUACAAUGGGGUAUUCGGUUCUGUUUGUUCAGAAGGAUGGACAAAAGAAACAGAAAAAAUUGCAUGCUUAGAAUUAGGUUAUCACAAUGUAAAAGCAAAUGGAUUCUCUAAACAACUAUGUAAUGAUAUAGCCGGUGAAAAUUUAUGUGGUCAUGAUACAGAAAGAAUUAAUGCAACUAAUUUUAGAUGUAAAGGAGAUGAAGCUAAUUUAAAAAAUUGUCCUCAUGAAACAUCUGAAGAUAUUUAUUGUUCACAUGAAGAAGAUAUAAUUAUUGGUUGUGCAAAUGCAGAAGAGGAAGGAGAUGCUUCUACCAGUUCAACUAGAAUUUCUAAAUAUGGAUUAAACAAACAUAUAAUGUCAAUGGAAAAAAAACAAUUCCAUCCAAAAAUCGAAUUAAGUUGCUUUGACAAAAUAACCUCUAAAGCUGAAUUAAGCAAAGGAAAUAUUGGAGAUAUAUUUUUAGUUAGUUGUCCAGAAAAAUGUGAUGAAGAUAUUGGUGUAAUAAAAGGAACUUUUGUAUAUACAUUCGAUUCUUAUAUAUGUAAAUCAGCUAUACAUGCAGGUGUUCUAUCAAGUAAUGUUGCUGAUGAUGUAGUUCUUAUCAUUACUCAUAGUAGAAAUAAAUUUAUAGGAACCAAAAGAAACAAUAUAGAAUCAAAAGAAUUUAAUGGUGAAUCUAAAAGUUUUAGCUUAAGCAUACCAACAAAUUAUAUCAUAAUGGAAGAAAGACAAAAUAAUUCAAAAUAUGAAGAUGAAAUUUUAAAAGAUGAUAAUGAUUUUUAUUAUGAAAAUAUAUUUAAUAAACAAAAUAAUAAUGAAAAAAUAAAAAAUAAAACAUUUUUUGAACAUAAUAUGCAUCUAGAACCCACUUUUCAAUGGAUAGCCCCAUCCUCUUUUACUGGAUUCAAUGGCAAUGAAACUGAAUAUAUAAAUGCUAAUAAUCUUCCUAAUGAAAAAUAUAUUAGAACUCUUUCUAAUUUUACUUUUAUUACACAUUUUAUUCCAAGUAGUAAAGGAGCAAAUAAAUGGAGGACAAUAUUAUCUCAUAGUUUAUGUGAAGGUAUAUCUAUAUCUAUUGAUGAAGAAAAUGAAUUAGUAAUAGAACAAAAUUGUAAUCCACAUUUAAUAAAAACUAAAUUUAUUCCCAAGUAUGAACAUCCUUAUCAUCUUGUUCUAAUUUAUAACAAACCAAAUAAAUCAAUUUCUUUAUAUAUUAAUCAAAAAAAAAUUAAUCUUGAAAAUAUAAAAAUCAAUUUCACUCUAAAUGGAGAUUUAACCAUUGGUAGAUCAAACAAACAAGCAACUGACUACUUUAUAGGAGAUAUUAAUUUUGUUAAAAUUUAUAAAUAUAUAUUAACAGAACAAGAAAUUAAAGAAUCAUAUGAUUCAGUUCUUUCAAAUAAUUAUUUAAAUGAUGGAAUGUCUGGAAAUAGAGAUAUAAAUAAUAGAAAAAUACAAAAUAAAAAAACAAAAAAUCAACGGAAAACUAUAGAUGGACGUGAUUGUAUUACUCCAUGUAAAUCCAAAACUAAUGUAAAUAAAAAUAUACAAAUUAAUACAGAAGAAAUUUACCUGAAUUGUUCAGAUAAUUUACUUAACGAACGAUUUAGUGGAAAAAUUGGAACUCAGUUUUUAGCUAGCUGUUCAGAAGAUUGUACUAACUCAAAAUAUAUAAUAAAAGGGUCUAACAAUUACUACACACCAGAUACAUCAAUAUGUAAAGCAGUUAUGCAUUCAGGAAUAAUACGUAAAAGUAAUGAACAUAAUAAGGAUGACAACAAAACUAAUAGUAAUUCAUUUAUUAUAAAAAUUGUUGAAGGUUUAACAGAAUAUAAAUCAUCUAGAGGUCAUUUUGGAAUCAUCUCAAAAUCAGAAAAACAAUCACAAUUACGAUCUUUUUCUCUUUUUUCAAAAUAA